AGGGGUCUUUAACGUUUCAAGUAAAAUGCAAGUCUUGGCUAGUGGAAAGGGACAUCAGCCCUGUGUCUCUACCAGUCAGGUGGUUUCUGCACAUGCCUUCGCUCCACCAGUACAAUUUGCCAAGUGAGGUACUGCAUGUGGGGAUGAACAAUAGAAAGGUAUGUGUCUGCAGGCUGCACCUUACGCCCCCUAUCAGCAGCAGAGACACCGACAGACAGCUAACUGAUGACGUGGUUCGGUCCGUUGAUCAGAGCAGCAGUAUGGCCGACCAGAGCAGGCAAAUUAAACUCGCUGCAGCUAAGAAAAAGCUGAAGGAGUUUCAGCAGAAGAGCUCCCCUACAAGUGUGGGAGGAGAAAAGGGCGGGGGAGGAGGAGGAGGCGGUGGAGGUGGAGCAGGGGCUAAGAAGAAGAGAAAGGUGAAGGGACUGAAUCAAAAUGACGCACCAUCGACAGACAGAAACUCUCCAGUCAAUUUUGACCGUAUAUUGAAAGCAUUCACUCAAAGCAAUGGAGUAGUCCUCCCUCCUUAUGGCAACAGUCAGACGUUUGCCAACAUGGAGGUCAUGGUGUCCUCAGACACCCAGCAACUGGAGGACACGUCGGCCGAGGCUGGUCGCGACUCACCCGUGUCUAACCUCGCUAGCGCUAACACUGCUACUAACUCUGAGUCUGCCGGUCACAACGCUGACCUGCAGGACUAUCCUGAUACCAAUGGCAAUGAAAGUUUAACAGAGGAAAACAGACCGUUGUCUUCCACAGAGAGCCUGCGACAGCUCUCCCAGCAACUGAAUGGCCUUGUCUCUGAGACAUCUGCUGCUUAUGUGAAUGGAGAUGGUGCACCUUCUGUCAGUGAAAGAGAACUGGAGAAUCGGAACCAGGAGCUGGCAGCCGCCCUGGAGUCCAGCAACCUAACAAACUCUCAGCUCACUACCAAGCUAGACCAGCUGGUUCAGCACUCUCAGGGUCUCUCAGAUCAGCUACAAAAGGAGCGAAAGGAAUUUGAACAGAGAUACUCGAAAGAGCAGGGAGCCAUGCGGGAGCAGUUACAGGUCCACAUCCAGACCAUUGGUAUCCUGGUAUCAGAGAAAUCAGAGCUACAAACAGCACUACAAUACACACAACAGGCUGCACGGCAAAAAUCAGGCGAGGCAGAAGAGUUGAAUAACCGUCUACAUGCGACAAAGCAGAGAGUGUCAGAGCUGGAGAGGACUCUCUCAUCUGUGUCAACACAGCAGAAACAGUUUGAGAAGCACAACAAAGAGUUUGAAAAGGAGAGAGACAGCCUGAGGCUAGAGGUGCUAAGACUAAACAAUUUAAGUGAGGAGUCGAAGCAGCAGAGCUCCGAGCUGUCAGAGCAGUUAAAGCUCAGAUCGGAGGAGAACGGAGCAAUGCGUCUGGAGCUGGAAGACCUCCGCAAGAGGCUCGAGCUAGGCGACCUGAUGUUGCAACAGUACUCAAAUCAGUCCGAUCCCUCCAGUGCCAACCAGCAGGUCCAGUUACUGAUGGAGGAGAAGCAGCAGCUGGAGGCACACAAUCAGCAGUUGAUGGAGUUAAUCACCCAGCUGCAGACAGAGAGAGAUGUCUAUGCAGAGCAGAUCCAGGAGGAGGGCCGUGUAUGGAAGGACAAAACAGAACAGCUGCUAACACAGGUGUCUCUGGUUGCAGAAGAGAGGGACAGAAACAUCAGCCGAGUCCAGGAACUGGAGGCCAGCAUUACAGAGCUUAAAAAUGCUGCAGCGCUGUUGUCCCAGGAGAGACAGGUUCAGGAGGAAGUCCUUCUUCAGUCCUCAGGGCCAUCAGAAAGUGAGCUAGCCCUGCAGGAGGCCCUCGUUACCCUCCAACAGGAGAAAGAGGCUCUGACUGCACAGUACCAGGCACAGCUGCGAGAUAACCAGCAGCUGAGCCGGAUGUGUUCAGAGCAAGAAUCGCGCAUGGGGGAGAUGGAGCGGCAGGUGGAGAGCCGAGUUGAGGAGGCAGAGGACCGCCGGCGCAUGUUGGAGGACGUUCAGUCAGACAAGGCUACUAUUAGCCGCGCUCUCACCCAGAACCGCACACUGAAGGACCAGCUGGCUGAGCUACAGAAUGGCUUCGUCAAACUGACCAAUGAGAACAUGGAGCUGACCACUGCCAUUCAGUCAGAACAACACGUGAAAAAGGAGCUGGCUCGUCGAAUGGGUGAACUGCAAGAGAGCCUGCAUAACUCCAAGGAAGAGCUGGAACUGAAAGCUAAGGAGGCUCAGGUUCUGAUGGAGCAGAGGGACCAGGUAGUGGCCCACCUGCAGCAGUACUGUGCAGGCUACCAGACCCUUGCCUCAGAGCGGGAACACCUCCACCACCAGUACCUGCAGCAGGUCCAGCUCAUGGACCGGCUGCAGCACGAUGAAAGCCAGGGCCGCGUGCAGCUGGAGAUCAGUCACAAUCAGCUCAAACAGGCACAAGAUCAUUUGGAGCUGUUGGUCAGAGACAAUGAGCAGCUAAAAUCUGAAGUGAAGGAGCUGCUCAACAGCUCAGCACUCAGCCCGUCAUCCAGAGACCAAGGUGAUGGAGUGGAAAGCCAGUCCCUACAAGAGAGCCCAAAGAGGUCUUCCUCGCUUGUUAUCCCAGAAGACUUUGAGAGCCAGAAGGAAAUGGAGGAGUUUAUAAGGGGAGCUCUGGCUGAACUCGAGGCGGAGAGGGACGAAGUCAGGAGGCAGCUGGAGGAGGAGCAUCGGCUGCACAUGGCGGCCCGACACCAGGCCGCUCUGGCCCUCAGCCUCGAGCACCAACACCAACACCACAGCCACCAACCUGCUCAUGACCAUCAACAUGAGCAUGAUCACUCUCAGGACCAACACAGCCACUGUGAACACAGCCACGAGCAUUCAGACGGCGGAGGAGUCCCAGUGGAAGUUCAUCAAGCGCUGCAGGCUGCCAUGGAGAAGCUGCAGCAUCGCUUCACCUCCCUCAUGCAGGAGAAAGCUGACCUGAAGGAGAGGGUGGAGGAGCUGGAGCACCGCUGCAUCCAGCUGUCAGGAGAGACCGACACUAUAGGAGAGUACAUAGCUCUGUACCAGAGCCAGCGCGCCAUCAUGAAGCAGAAACACCAGGAGAAGGAGCAGUACAUCAGCAUGCUGGCUCAGGACAAGGAGGAAAUGAAGGCGAAGCUUGCAGAGCUGCAGGAUCUGGUGAUGAGGCUGGUUGCCGAGAGGAACGACUGGUACAGCCGCUACACGGGAGCUGUGGCCGGUGCAGGCACGCCAAACCCUGACCUGCUUCCAGUUGGGGAGGAUCACACUCACCCUGAGCACAAAGCACGCACACACCCAGAGCUUACUGAGUUCAGCGGAGCAGAAGCCAUGGAAGUCAUCCCCCUGUCAGAGCCCACCACAGGCCUGAAAGCCACCUCUUCCCAGACGCUCUCCACCGGCUCAGCCCCGUCAGACUCCAAACCCCUUGCACCCAAAGAGGACGGCACGGCACAGCAGAUCAUGCAGCUGCUCCAAGAGAUCCAGAACCCUCAAGGAGGGCAAAGAUCACCUCCAUUCCUGGGCGAGAACCCCUGCAUCCCCUUCUUCUACAGGCCUGACGAACAGGACGAAGUCAAGAUUCUGGUUGUGUGAGGUGUGUGUGUGUGUGUGUGUGUGUGUGUGUGAUAGCGAAGCCUGUGUGAGAGUUAUUGCACAUGUCUUGAAGUAUUGGGAGAAAAAGAACACCACAGUUUCUAUCUCAUUUGUCUCAGACACAAACACUUUAAGAACUUUGAUGCCCUUCAGCUGGUCACAGAAAAGAGAGUUUUUUCAUGUUUUUGUUUUUAUGUCUGUUUUUUUCUGUCCUUAGAAAAGAGAUAAUCAGUAUCCCUGAGGGCAAUCUGAUUAUCCUUCCUUCCACCAUUCUUAAUACCCAUCUCCCCUUUUUGUCUCCCAUCUUUACACAUAAGUGCAAUAAAAGGGGUCGUGUAUGCUGACCCCUCGCUGACGCGGCUCUUAAAGAGCUGCGGGAGAAUAUCAGCCUGUUUGUGUGCAACUUUAAUUUAUAGUAAAUCUCAGUUUUUACACAAUUCACUGUACAAAUGCCAAAAAAAAAAGCAUCACGUUUGAAUGUAAUAACUUGAGUAUUAUGCUAUGCGUGCGUGUGUGAAAUUAGGAAGGUGAAAAGGUGCGAGAGGGAAGAGGUGAAGAGUUGAAAUGUCAAAGAAAGUCAGUGAAGAGAUUCAGUGCACGUGAAAGCUUUUUUUGGAAAUGAAGCACUGCUGCGUUGGAAAGUUGAGAUCUUGCCGGUGACAUGAUCAGAUGGAGGCAGGUGCGUCACAUUGGUACUUUUCUCAAACCACCUUUUGUCUGAUUUAUUAUUAUUUUCUCCAAACACUGAAAAGAAGUCAGUGUUAAGAUGUGCGAAACUCUUGAAAUGUGAUGUUCUUGAACGUCCUGUUAGACUGAGCGCAGUCACCACAGUUACAUUGAGUCAUCCGAGGAGAUAGAUGCACUUUGAAGACCCCAUGAAGCAGAGACACACUUUACUCCUUAAUAUUAAGGUGUUAUCUUCCUUAGAGUGUAAUAUGGGUUCAUAUUAGAUCUUAGCGUGAGAGCAAGCUUCAUGUUCUGCUUCAUUCUCAUACAGUUAGCGUUACAGAUACCACAGCGUAGUGACAUGUGGAAGUUACAGGAUGUAGAGUGCUGAAUCUCUUAAGCACUCAUACUUGAUCUCUCCUCUUCACGUAUUCUGGAGCAUUCGAGCACUUCUCAUCCACGGGGGUCUUUUAUUCCCCUAAAGAAUCAACACUAUAAAUACGAGCGGGCUUAUUUCUGUUACCUUUUAGCUCCACAUAUCAAAGAUGAAUUAAUGCACAUCCUUUGCAACUGGACUGUGUGAGUGUGUCUGUGGUGUGUGUAUGUGUGUGUAAAUCCAAACCGUACCCCCUCUUCAUCUGUUGUAAUUCAUUUUUUUUAGAGUUCUAUCAGAUUAUAAGAGUAUGAUUGCACUAAAGCUUCUCAUUCUGUCCUCUGAAGCUGCUUGGACGGAGACGUUUUCUGCCACAGAGCCUCUUACUAACAUCUGUGGAGGGAAAGAGGAACACCUAUGAAGCCAGCGUGUGUGUGGCUGAGGUUUCCAAUCGAAGCGAAUGAACCGAAAGUGUGGUGGUGAUGUGUGUGUGCGUGUGUGUGCACUUUGAGGAUGAAGGUGUGUAAAUAUAAGUAGACUGAGAUAGCUCACUUUAAGAAGUUGUAAAUUAAUUCCCAAAAGUGAGGGACCAAUCAGAAUUUGAGAAAAUGGACAACUCUUGAAAACUGGAGGACACAAAAGAAACUUGAUCUUCUCUGGGCAUUAAAAAAAAAUGAAACGGUCUGAAUCCAGACUUCAUGCUUUUCUUGAAGACGUCAGCUAUAGAAGAGAGAUGCUCAUAUUCACACAUACAGAUUAAAGCACUAUCACAGCAACUUUCUUCAUUUCAGAUCAUUCAUAGCAGAUGUCCUGUCUUCUUCGAGACUUCAUGAUUUUAAAAUGCCGGGAUACAAACGUCUCAUUGCUUCUUUUCGAGGUAUUUUUUACCCUCUUAUUCGGAUGUCUUUGAAUUUUAAGUUCUGUUUUGUUUACGUUGCUGGAGAGGACACUUUAAGUAUUUAAUUGCACACUUGGCUCACUAAAAGAAAGCAUAAGUACGAUUUCUGGCAUUCAAGGCCUAUUAUAGAAACCAAAGUACAUUUGGUGCCAUUCUUGAUUAAAACAAAAUCCUUGCUUCAUUGCAUUCUUACACUUCUUGGUUUCUUCAAAACAUGCCACAAAAUGAUUUUUCCUUUAUUUUCUUUCUGGAGUGAUUAAACCAAGAGAUAAGUAUACAAUAAAAUGUAAUGGUGUGGUUUCAGGGCUAACGAAUAUGGAUAAAAUAACUUCCAGCGCUUUCUAAUCCACUGUUAAAUAUGUAAUGUGUGAUUUAAAGAAUAGCAACGAGAAAUCAUCUAUUGUCUUCACUGUAAAGGAGGUGGUGUAUAUACUGUAACUGUGUAACAUAUUGUAUAUUCAUUAUGCCUGGUGUGUGGGGGGAAAGCUGCUCUGCCAUGUUUUCUGGCAGUGUGAAGUGUGUGUAUGUCUGUUAGUUCAGUGUCGGGGCGUUGGCGGUUACUGACUGGCUGUGAUUUAUUACAAAGAUUGACUAAACAAGAGAGAAAAUAUUCUAUUUAUUUGGAUAAGUUAGUAUCUCAACUAAUCAGUUUUAAUGUAAAAUAGAAGUGACUGUAGGAUGGAAAUGAAGGAUGUUUCAGAGAACUGAUUUGAUGGAGGGCUGCUUCUGACAGAAGCUUACUGAUUUGUUUUUUCUUCCUUAAUAUUUUCUCCCCUUCUCCUGAAUAAAGCUGAUUGAGCAACCUAAA